AUGGGCCACAAAUCCGAAAAAGCCUGCUCCUACACAGAUUACGAUAGUUCUGAUGAUGUAUUUAUUCGCUUGCAAUACCGAUCAUCUUCGCUGAUACCACUACUUCAGCAGACACCCGCUCUUGUCGACGUUGACUCUGAUUUCUUUGAUUUGAACGCUGAGGUCAAUCACCAUGCUAUCAAUCGGUUAUUGAAUCAACCGUUUGGCGCAGACGCCGAGGGUUCGCAGACAGGAAGGUUAACAGAUUUGAUCUUGUCGGCAGCAGACUCUGGCGUCGGGAGCACCACCAAAACGGGUAGCGAAGAGAGCGAUCUGCGUGCUCUUCUUACCGUCUUGAGCUGCGAUGCACACCGACAUGCCGGUCCAGGUCGUUCCCUCAUGUAUCGUAUGCUCGUCGACGAAUCACAGGACGCAGUUGCAGAUGGCGAUCCUUAUAAUUUCACCCACUCUUGUGCAUAUCGCCUGACACCCGAAGAGGAGGCGAUGACUGUUGUGCAGAAAGAUUAG